CGAGCGGAGCUGCAUAAGAUGGCGGCGGCGGGAGCUGAGGCGGCGGCCGAGGAGGAGAAGCGGCUGCCGGAGGGAGACCCCGAGUCGGGCGGGGACUCGGACGAUGAGGGCGACUCGGACUCGUCCGGGGACGGCGAGGAUGAGGAGAAGGAGAACGAGGCCGAGAUCCAGCGGCUGGAGGAGCAGCUCUCCAUCAAUGCUUUUGACUACAACUGUCACUUGGAUCUGAUCAAGCUGCUCCGGCAGGAGGGAGAGCUGGUGAAGCUCCGCAGGGCUCGGCAGAAGAUGAGCGAGCUCUUCCCCCUCACUGAAGAAAUUUGGCUGGACUGGUUGAAGGAUGAGAUAAAAAUGGCUUCAGAGGUCUCUGAGAGAGAGAAGGUUUAUGAGCUGUUUGAAAGAGCUGUCAAGGAUUACAUCUGUCCUGAGAUCUGGCUGGAAUACGCCCAGUAUUCCAUUGGAGGCAUUGGGCAGGAAGGAGGCAUCGAGAGGGUUCGCUCCAUCUUCGAGCGGGCUCUGACGGCCGUGGGGCUGCACGUCACCAAGGGCACGGCCCUCUGGGAAGCCUACAGGGAGUUUGAGAAUGCCAUCCUGGAAACAGCACAGCCAGCUCCUGGCAGCAUUCCAUCCCCGGAGCAGCAGCAGGUGCUGUGCAGCCAGCUCGAGAAGAUCCACACGCUCUUCCGGCGCCAGCUGGGGAUCCCACUGCUGGACAUGGAGGCUUCAUAUGCUGAAUAUGAAGAGUGGUCAGAAGAGCCCAUUCCAGAAACAACAAUAAAGAACUACAAAAAAGCUCUGCAGCAGCUGGAGAAGUGUAAACCCUAUGAGGAGGCACUGCUGGGUGCUGAAACCCCAAAGCUGGCAGAAUACCAAGCUUACAUUGAUUUUGAAAUGAAAGCAGGUGACCCAGCUCGGAUUCAGCUGAUCUAUGAGAGAGCUUUGGCUGAGAACUGCCUUGUCCCAGACCUCUGGGCACGCUACAACCAGUAUUUGGACAGGCAGCUGAAGGUGAAGGAAUUGGUUUUAUCCGCUCACGACCGCGCUGUCAGGAACUGCCCCUGGACUGUUGGGCUGUGGAUUAGGUACCUGCUGGCCAUGGAGAGGCACAGGGUUGAGCACAGCAUCAUUUCUGAAAUGUUUGAAAAAGCUCUGAAUGCAGGUUUUAUUCAAGCAACGGACUAUGUAGAGAUCUGGCAGGCCUACCUGGAUUACCUGAGGAGAAGGGUGGAUUUUACACAAGACUCCAGUAAGGAGCUGGAGGAGCUGCGCUCUGCAUUUGCACGAGCUGUGGAGUACUUGAAACAAGAAGUAGAAGAAAGGUUCAGUGAAAGUGGAGAUCCAUCCUGCACCAUCAUGCAGAAUUGGGCAAGAGUUGAGGCCCGCUUGUGUAACAACAUGCAGAAAGCCAGGGAGCUCUGGGACAACAUCAUGACUAAAGGAAAUGCCAAAUAUGCCAACAUGUGGCUGGAAUAUUACAACCUGGAAAGGGCCCAUGGGGACACCCAGCACUGCAGGAAGGCCCUGCACCGGGCAGUGCAGUGCACCAGUGACUACCCCGAGCACGUCUGCGAGGUGCUGCUCACCCUGGAGAGGAUAGAAGGAACACUGGAAGACUGGGAUGCAGCUGUUCAGAAAACUGAGAACAGAUUGGCUCGAGUGAAUGAGCAAAGAGCAAAGGCUGCUGAGAAAGAAGCUGCUCUGGCAAAGCAGGAGGAGGAGAGAGCUGAGCAGAGAAAGCAAGCAAGGGCAGAGAAGAAAGCUUCCAAAAAAGCCAAAAAAACCAAGAUUGGGGACAAGCGCAAAGCAGACGAGGAUGAUGAGGGUGAAUGGGGACAAGAAGAAGAGCUGCCCAGCAAGAGGUACAGGGGAGAGGGAGAUGGAGUGCUCCCUGAAGAGGACAUGGAGGUGGAGACUGGGCUCUCUGGGAGGAGUGAGAAGCCAGAUGGCCCCGUGGCCCCCAAGGAAAAGGCGUCCACGAGCCGCAAGGACGCGCCCAAGGUGCUCCACGACAGCAGCAAGGAUAAAGUCACUGUGUUUGUCAGCAACCUCUCCUACACCAUGGCAGAGCCCGAGGCAAAGCUCAGGGAGCUCUUUGGCAGCUGUGGGGAGGUCGUGGAGAUCCGAGCAGUGUUCAACAACAAGGGCACCUUCCGGGGCUACGGCUACGUGCAGUUCAGGGAGGAGGAGGCAGCUCGGCAGGCCCUGGCCUUGGACCGCACGGCCGUGGAGGGCAGGCCCAUGUUUGUGUCUCCUUGUGUGGACAAGAACAAGAAUCCUGACUUCAAGGUGUUCAGGUACAGCACUACCCUGGAGAAACAUAAACUCUUUAUAUCUGGUUUGCCAUUUUCCUGCACUAAGGAAGAGCUGGAGGAGGUGUGCAAAGCCCAUGGGAAUGUGAAGGACAUUCGACUGGUCACCAACAGAGCUGGAAAACCCAAGGGCCUGGCUUAUGUGGAAUACGAGAAUGAAGCCCAGGCCUCUCAGGCUGUGCUGAAGAUGGAUGGGCUGACAGUGAAGGACCACGUCAUCAAGGUGAUGAUCAGCAACCCCCCGCUGCGGAAGCUUCCGGAGCGGCCCGAGCCCGGCAGGGCCUCCCUGCCCCUGGCACCACGGCACACCUAUGGAGCGCGAGGGAAGGGAAGGACACAGCUCUCCAUGAUGCCGCGGGCGCUGCAGCGUCAGAGCAACCCCGUGGCCAAGGCUGAGAAUGGGAUGGUCCAGAACUCACCAGCAGCGUCCUCUGACCCCCCUGCAGAACCUAAAAAGAUGUCCAAUGCUGAUUUUGCCAAGAUGCUCCUGAAAAAGUGAGCAAGGAGCGUGCACUCAGCGGGUCUGGUCCAAUGUGAAAUGCCUUUCUGGAAGCCAUGUUGUGUCCUUAAGCUUUGCAAGGAGAGAACGCCCGUCCCAAUCCCGUGUAGAUACUGGACUGCUGCAUUCCUCGGGAUCAGUGCAGGAUGGCACAAAUCCAGGUGGUGGUUUUUUUGGUUUAUUUUUUUUU